AAGAAGCAUCUUAGACCAAAGAGAAGCCUGAAUUUAACCCCCACCCCCUUGAAAUCAGGCCAGAUUAUUCCCCUCCUCCAUCACUCUGUGAGUCACUGUUUCUAGUCAAAGAAAGCAAACAAGUUGGUUUUUCCUGAGUCUGACCACAAACCAUCUCUUUCUCUCCCCAAGCAUUUCCUUCUGCUUUACUAAGAUUCUCUGAGCUAUAGCUCUGCUUUUGGACAUUUCAAUUGGAGCUGCAAAGGGCACAAAGAGAACCUGGGAUUUUGCUCCAGAAACUCACAUCUGUGGGAAUAUCUUUGGCUCCACAGAUGUGAAAAUAGUGACCUUUUCUCACUACUGUGGGGUUUGUGCAGUUUGGUGAGGCCAUGAAGACAUCAUGAGAAAGUGACCAGCUCUGCCUUACUCCAACAGGUGCAGAAGACAACAGGUGAGACCAGUCCAGCCAGGGACCUGCUAUCUGUCGUAUUUUUGUCAUCUUAUCUGCUAUGGAAGUUUAGGAACUACUGAGAGCUGAAGAAUCUUCUGGAAUUCCUAAAGGGACAAGAUCAAGGGCCAUUGAAACAUAAUUUUUUUAGGACCAAGACGGACCUCCCUAUUUGAACUCUCUAACCCUUUGAUAAUCAACUCCUGCCAUUAAAUCUAGACUCCUUAAUUUCUGAAGGUCCAUGGUAGCCUUCCUCAAAAAUUAGCUUGGGGAGUACCUGUUGUCUCUGGUAAUAGAUGCCACUUGGAAGGAUCCAAAGAGAUGGAUUCAACUGAAAAACCAGACAAGGAAAAGUUACAAGAAAAUGAAUUUCCUACAAUCCUCCCUCUGAAAAACAAUGAAGCAUACCACCUUUUUGUGAGCUAUAGCAGCUUGGACUCCUCCUGGGCCCACAAGUUCAUUGAAAAACUAGAGGCUGAUUACUCAGAUCUGAAGAUCUGCUACCAUGAGAGAGACUUUCUUCCAGGGAAAAACAUAAUUGAGAACAUGGUUGAUUGCAUUCAGCAGAGUCAAAAGAUGCUAUUAAUCCUUAGCCAAGACUUUGUCCAGAGCAGAUGGUGUUUGUUGGAGGCCAAUCUCUCUGUUUUUCGUUUCUGUAUGGAGAGAAAACCUGUUAUCCCCAUUAUGCUAAAACCCUGCCAGAUUCCACUUCAUUUGAAUCAUUUGACAUAUCUAGAUGUCAGUGAUAUCUCCUUCUAUGAAAAGUUCAUCAAGGCUCUCUGCACACCCAACCAUCUCAUGAAACAUUCCACACUUGUCCCAUACCAAUUCUCCUCAAUCUACAAUGGGAAGACCCUGAUGGUCUUGCCCUGUAUCAAUAAAGACAACCUUCCAUCAUGGAAAUUGGGAACCUUCAGCACUUCUAAUAUCCCUGAUCCCUUGAGAAUGGUCAUAGAUGAUCCAGAAAUUUAUAGAAGAGCCAUUAGCAAACUGAAUGAGGUCUCUUCUCCCAAAUACUGUUUUCGAUAUUUGUGUUGCAGGAUCACAUUAUGCAUUCUCCUCUCAUGCAUUAGCAUAGUCAUUUCUUUCUUUGCUCUGGUGGCUUUCUUCGCAUUUUCUCAGGUGUCUUUCCCACUAUCUUCAAAACAAUUGUUUCAUUACCUCUUAGUACAUGGCCCUAUACUACUUAUAAGUAUGAGUAUAAUAGCCUUAGUGGUGAAUAUAAUGUGUUGGGGCAGAAGAUGGACAAAAGAGAAAUUACAAGAGUUGAACCUAAAAGUAGGAGAAGCCAACCUCAUUCUAGCCAAUCAUUCCGUGAUGAUUGGCUGUGAAACUAUAAACAAACUCUCUUUUGUAUAUUUUUCACUUAAAGACUGUAAAAAAGUUUUCCUGGAAACCUUUCCUAAUGAAAACCCUUCUGCCGAGGAGAUGUUCCAAAAUGCAAUAAUACGCUAUUCUUCCAGUUAUGCCUGCUGUGUUGCAAAUAAACAUUUUCCCAUCCUUGAAGAAGUAGUAGAGGAAGGUCACAUGAGUGAUGGCAUAUGUUUCUGCCAAUAUGUCUCUAUACAGGUGAAAAAAAAUAGAUGGCUAGGUCCUGGGAUAGGGAUAGCUUAGUGCUAUUCAAUAACUGGAAAUAGAAUUAAAGAUUCCUCACCUUUUAUUGAGAUGACAGUGAAGUGAUAAACGAUUCCUCUUUUUCUGUGUGUGUAAUUAUUUUUAAAAAUUUUAAACCCUUGCUUUCUGUCUUAGUGUUAAUUCUAAGACAGACAAGGGGCAAGGACUAUGUAAUCAGGGUUAAGUGACUUUCCCAGAGUCAUAUGACUAUGGAAUAUCUGGGACCAGAUUUUUUUUAAAAAGAUAUUAAUUUUCCCAAUCCUAUGUAAUAGUAAUUUUCAACUUCCAUUUUCUGAAAUUACAAGAUCCAAAUUGUCUCUUUUUAUCCUUCCUGUCCAAUUUGUCCUUCCUUUCCUGCCCCCCUCCUGAAGAUGGCAAAUAAUUUGAUUGGUGUUAUAUGUGUAUUAUCAUGCAAAAGAGGUAGUCAUUUUUGUGAGAGAAUACUCAUUAAACCAAAACCCAUAAAUAAAUUAAUGUGAAAAAUAGUCUGCUUUGAUUUGUAUUUCAACUCCAAUAGGCUAUGCUCCCACUCACUCUAGUGAGCCAGAUGGUCUCUACCUAACUUUCAUGAUGUCUUCUGCAGGAAAAUUUCCUCACUCUGUCACCUUGUUGGUUCUGUCCCUCUAGCAUCAUUCCAAGUUUGCUUGCAAAAGAUUCGGUAUGCUUUCCCUGCCUCUACUCUGCCAUCUUGACUCCACCUCCUUUGUUCAGAUUUUUAAAAAUAACCUUUACAUUCCAUCUUAGAAUCUAUAUAGUGUGUUAGUUCCAAGGCAAAAAAGUCAUAAUGAUUAGGUAAUGGGGAUUAAAUGAUUUACCCAGUUUCAUAUAGCUAGGAAGUUUCUGAGGUCAGAUUCGAACCCAGGUCAUCCUGGCUCCAGUGCUGGCAAUCUAUAUACAUUACUAUCUAAUUUCCUAAGGGAGGGUAGGAUUUCUUUUUAUACUUUCCAUUUAUCAUGCCAUUUGUCUAAAACUUUCCAUUAAUAAAAAUGUGUUACUUGAAUUCCCAAAGAAGUCAAAGUAAUGGAAUACUUCUCCCUGAAAGACAUUUGCAUAGGCUAUCUUGUAAUACUGGAAUGUGCUCCCUUUCCUUACUUCUACCUCUUAGGCUUCCUGGCUUCCUUCAAUACUUAGUUUCUGGGCAGAGAUUUUCAUGAGAAAUAUUUCCUGAUCUUCUUAAUCACUUCUGCUCUCUCCCUCUUCCCAUUCUACUCCUCUCCUGCAAGUAGAAUUUAAUCUCCUGGAGGGUAAGGACUUUUUCUUUCUUUGGCUUAGCCUUAUAAUCUCCUAUUGUAUAUAAGAUGUACUUAAUAGAUAUCAUUGGGAUUAUUCUAUCAUAAGAAGGAAGAAAACAAGUAUUUAUUAAGCAUCCUCACUAUGUACUAGGCAUGAUAUUAAGUGCUUUACAGAUAUGAUUUCACUUGGUCAUCAUAACAACUUUAGGAGGUAGGUGCUAUUAUUAUUAUUAUUAUACCCAUUUUAUAGUUGAAGAAAUUGAAGUAUAAAGAAGUUAAAUGACUUGCCCAGGAUCAUACCAGCUAGUACAUUUCUGAAGCCAAAUUUAAACUCGCUUUCCUGUUUCAAAGCCUUGUACUCUGUCUACAAUAUUACCUACAUACUUCUCAUAAGACCUCACAAGUCCAACCCUUAGUUGAGCAGGAAUCUCCUCUAAUAUAUUACUCAUGCAGAAUCAUCUAAUUCUUGAAGACCUCCAGAGAAUAAGAACCUCAGUUCCAGAGACAAGAUAGUGAAUUAUGGGUAGUCACCCAGCUGAACUGUCCCAAUAUUCCCCUACAAAUAACUUUAAAAUGAUGCCUCAAAUCAAAUUUGAAAAAGCAGACCCAACAAAAGGUUAGAAUGAGACAUUUUUCCAAUCUAGGAGAUUGGAAGGGGAAGUCUAGGUCACCUUGGUAAAUGCCUGACUGGAGCUCAAAAACAGGGCAGUGAUACUAGUGACCCUAGUAGCAGUAGUUUCAGGAGCUCCCAGCUCAGAGAUGGUAAGGGAGCUAGACACCUGGUCAGAGAAAGAUUACAGAAGACUCUCUGUUAGCACUGGACAUAUCUGACAUUGAUUGGCAUUGAAAACUUCCAGACUUCCAGAACUAGCCUUGACAACAGUAGUGUGGAAAAAAAACCUUCCACUCUGCAUGCUGAGAACAGAGCCAAACUUUAAAAUAAAGUAAAAAAUCAAGAAAUAAGGUAGAAAAAUGAACAAAUAAUGAAAAUUUGACAAUAGAAAUCUAUAUUGGUGACAGGGAAAAUCAAGAUGCAAAACAAAGUCAAAACAGCUAUAAGCAAAGCCUCAAAGUGAAUUAGACACAAGCCUAACAAGAAUUCCUGGAAGAGUUAUAAAAAAGAUUUUCAAAAUCAAAUAAUAGUAGUAGAAGAAAAAUUGUAUAAAUAAAUGAGAACAAAGGAAGAGAAUAAUGAAAAGAUAAUGGCUUGGUAAAAGUGGCACAAACAUUUUGAGGAAAAUAAAAUCUUAAAAAUAGAAUUGGACAGAUGGAAAAAGAGGUACAGAAGUUCACUGAAGAAAAUAAUUUCCUAAAAUUUAGAACUAAACAAAUGGAAGCUAAUGAUUCCAUAGAAUAUCAAGAAACAAUGAAACAAAAUAAGAAGAAUUCAAAAAUAGAAAAAAAUGUAAAAAAAAAAUCUCACUGGAAAAACUUGACCCCAAAAAAUAGAUUGUUGAAAGAUAAUUUAAGAAUUUUUCAAUAGGGAGCAGCUAAGUGGUUCAGUGAAUAGAGUGCCAUGUCUGCAGAUGGGAGGUCAUCAAUUCAAAUCUGGCCCAAGAUAUUUCCUAACUGUGUGACCCUGGACAAGUCAUUUAACCUCAAUUGCUUAGUCUUUAGGCAAGGUUGGUUUUUUUUAUUAUUGAAUUCCCCAAAAGUCACAAUAAUAAAAAAAGAGCUUAGGCCUUGUAUUUCAAGAAAUUAUCAAUGAAAACUGCCUUGAUACCCUAGAACUAGAGAGUAUAAUAAAAAUGGAAAGAAUUCAUUGAUUUUUCUCCUGAAAGAAAAGAAAUAUUAUAUCCAAAUUCCAGAGCUCCCAAGUAAAGGGGAAAUACUUCAGUCAGAAAGAAACAAUUGAAAUGUCAAAAAGCCAAAGUCAAAAUAACAUAAGAUUUAAUACUAUUAUAUUAAAGGACUGGGGGACUUUGAAUAUGAUAUUCUAGAAGGCAAAGGAGUUAGCCAACAAUCACCUUCUCAGCAAAAUAAUAUAAUUCUUGAAAGGAAUAAAUAGGUAUUCAGUGAAAUAGAGAACUUCAAAGCAUUCCUGAUGAAAAGACUAGAGCUAAAGAGAAAAUUUGAUUUUCAAAUAUAAGAUUCAAGAAACAUAUAAAGGUAAAUAUGAAAAAGAAAUCACAAGGAAUUCAAUAGGGCUAAACUCUUUACAUUCCUACAUGGGAAGAUGGUACUUUAACUCCUAAGAACUCUAUAAAUAUUACAGCAGUUAGAAGGUGUAUAAAUAGACAGAGGGAAUGGAUGUGAGUUGACUAUGAUGAGGUGAUAUCUAAAGAAAACAAAAUUAAGGGAGGAGAAAGAGGGGUGUACUAGGAAGAGGGGGAAGGGAAACAUGGAAUGAGGUAAAUUAUCUUACAUAAAAGAAAUGUGAAAGAGCUUUUACAGUGGAGAGGAAAAUGCAGUGGUGGUGGUGAUUAUUGCUUGAACAUUACUCUCAUCUGAAUUGACUCAAAGAGGGAAUAAUAUACACACUGACUUGGGUAUAGAAAUCCAUUUUACCUUAUUGGGAUGUAGUAAGGGAAGGGGAUGAAAGAAGGGAUAGGACUGACAGAAAGGAGGGUAGGAUGGAGGAAGUGGUGGUCAGAAGCAAAAUACUUUUGAGUAGGGAAGAAUAUAAACAGGAGGGAAAUAUACAGAUAGUAAUUAUAACUGAAAUUUUUUUAGCAAAUUUCUCUGAUAAAGGCCUUUUUAUCUAAUAUCUAAAGAGCAGAGUAAAAUUUGUAAGAAUCCAGAUCAUCCCAGUUGAUAAAUCAUCAAAGGAAAUGUACAAGUAGUUUUCAGAUGAGGAAAUCAAAGGUAUUUAUAGCAAUAUGAAAAAUAUGCUAAGGCACUAUUGAUUAGAGAAAUGCAAAUUAGAACUCUAAGCUACCAUUUCAUACCUAUUAGUCUGGCUAAUAUGACAAAAAAGGAAAAUGACAAAUGUUGGAAAAUUGGGACACUAAGCACUGUUGUGGAGUUUUGAACUGAUCCAACUAUUCUGGAGAGCAAUGUGGAACUAUGCCCAAAGGGUUAUACAUAUGUGCAUAUCUUUGCACUAAAAAUACUACUAAAAGAGAUUUUUAAAAAAGGAAAAUGACCUAUUCAUUCAAAUAUAUGUAUAUCUAAUCUGUUUGUGAUAGCAAAGAAUUGGGCACUGAGAGGGUGUCCAUCAAUAGAAGAAUGAUUGAACGAGUUGGGGUAGGUGAUUGUGAGUGAUGUGAGUACAAAAAACAAUGAGCAGUCAAUGUAAAAAUGAUAAUAUCACCUAAAUUAAUUAAUUAAUUUAGUUCCAUACCAAACUGCCAAGUGAUUAUUGUAAAGAACUGGAAAAAAUAAAAAUAAAAUUCAUCUUGAGGGGUAAAAAAGAUACAAAAUUCAGAAAAUUAAUGAGAAAAGUGAGAAGGAAAAGGACCUAUUAGAUCUCAAACUAUAAUACAAAGUCUUAAUCAUUGAAACAAUUUGGUACUGUGUAUGAAAUAGAAAGGUUAAUUAGUGAGAUACAAUGCAUAGAUGCAAAUAAACAUAGUAAUCUAGAGUUUGGUAAAUCCAAAUAUUUCCACUCUAUGGAAAGAGCUCAGAACUCAUUAUUCAACAAAAACUAUUGGGGAAACUGAAAAGCAGUCUGGCAGAAACUAGGUAUAGAUCAACAUCUCACACCAUGUUUCAAAAAGAGCUACAAAUGAUUACAUAACUUAGACAAAGGGUGAUGUCAGAAGCAAAUUAGAGGAGUGUAUGAGAAAUUAUCUGUCAGAUAUAUAGAUAGGGAAAGAAUUCAUGGCUAUACAAGAGGUAGAGAGAUUCACAGGAGGUAAAGUGGAUAAUUUCAGUUACACCAAAUUCAAAAGUUUUUACACAAAUAACCCAAUACAGCUAAAAUGAGAAGAGAAGCAGGAAAUUGAAGUCUUUAAGUCUUUAGUGUUUCUCUGUCAAAGAUCUAAUUUGUAAGAUUUAGAGGAAAUUAAAUCAAAUUUAUAAGAAUAAGGUUCAUUUCCCAGUUGAUAAAUGGCCAAAAGAUAUAAAUAAGCAGUUUUGAGAGGAAGAAAUUCAACAUAUAGAGAAAUGUAAAUUAAAACAAUGCUGAGACACCACCUCAUACUCAUCAGGCUAGAAAAGUUAACAGAAAAGAAAAGUAACAAAUGUUGUAGUGGUUAUGGGAAGACAAUUGAUUUACUAUUGGUGGAACUAUGAACUGGUUCAACCAUUCUGGAAAGCAAUUUGGAACUAUGAUCUAAAAGCUAUUAAACUGUACAUAUUGUGAUCAAGAGAUACUGCGAUUAAGUCUAUACUCUGAAGAGAUCAACAAAAGAAGGAAAUGGUCCAUGUGUAUAAAAAUAUUUACUGUAGCUCUUUUUAUGAAGUAGUAAAUUGGAACUGAGGAGGUCCUUACCAAUUGGGGAGUGACUGAACAAAUUAUGGUUUAUAUAUGUGAUGAAAUACUACUCUGAUAUAAAAAAUUGAAGACAGGGCUAGUUUCAAAGAAACCUGGGAUGAUUUGUAUUAAUUGAUACAAAGGGAAGUGAGCAAAAUUAGGAGAACAAGUUAUACAAUAACAACAUUAUGAUAAAGAAAACUCACCUUAAAAUAUUGAGGACCUCUAAUCAAUACAAUGACCAACCACAUUUCCAGAGGACUUGUGAUCAAAUAUGUUAUUCAUUUCCACUUAGAGAGGUAAUGGAUUCUUGGUACAGACUGAAAUAUAUUGUUUUAUUUGAUAUUAAUAAUACAGGAAUGUAUUUUCUUGGAUUAUACAUAUUUGUAAUGGGUUUUGUUUUUCUUGGUUUGUCAAUGAGUGAGGCAGGAAGAGGUGGAAGGGAAAUUGAGAACUAAAAAAAAAUAAAAUUGAUUUUUCUUUAAAAGUGA